GCCGUGAUAUUAAAUGUCACAAAUGGCUGCGGCUUAUUGGCUGUUCUGAUAUUUAAGGUGAAACACGAUGUCGCGACUAGUACGUGUAUAUUCACCUGCGGGCCAAAGCUCAUUUGUGUAUUCGUCAAAUUUCUGACUGACAUGCAUUUGGCAAGCACUAAAAAAGAGGCUGGCUGAAGCACAAGCGCUCCCUUCAACAAGCACUGAAACACUGAGCUCCGACUCCUGCCCCAGAACAAGCCGUUCCAUGUAUUACCGGCCUCUCUCCGCCGCAGUGGGAGAGGAAGUCGAACCGAGAGUCAAGCGGAGACGCUACCGUGUUAGCAAAAAACCCUACAGAAAUACAGCGAGGAGGGUUUUCGAGCAAACAUGUGCCACAUUUUUGCUGGGAAACGAUAUGCUUGACUGAACGGAGCGGGCUCUAUCGACUGGCAUUCGUCGCCGAGACAGCGAAGGGACAGCGUUAGUGCUCCUCACAGGCAGCUUGAGAGAGAGGGCUCCCCUAUCACGGACAGCCUGGUAGGCAGGAACCGCUCGGCUCUGGCUGGCUGGCGCGGAAAACGACGACCUGCUCGGCUCUGAUUUUUCUUAGUAUUUCCAACUCCCUGUGUGAGAAGACCUCAAAAACAGUGGCACAUCCAUCGUGUUUCUUCAAUUUUGGCGUGGGAAAAUAUAACACUCUCCCCAACAAUCAUCGCCUUAACUGCUAAUAACCUCGACUCCCAGUUCUGUGAAGCCACCGCUGGACAGCCGAGCUGCUCUCCAUCUCUAGGCGCACCCUCCCUCCUCUGCUACCGUCACAGUGUGCAGCUCCGUGCUGGGUCUCUUCCCCAAGCUCCGGAUAACUUAACGAGAACCCAUGGACUAUAUUUGUCAUUUUUACUGAUAUUUUUCUCCUCAAGUUCCUGGGCUGUUUCUCGGAAGCGCAGCGAGACUUCCCCAAUAACAAGGAGACGGAAGCAAGAACCCCAGCAGCCGUUAGCCUUUUAGGUAAACUACUGCACGGUGUCGGAACUGCGCCGCUGUUAAUCAACCAGCUUGUAAUAACCGUAUUGACAAGUGGCUUUACGGGCUUUUUAAUGCAGCUGUCGAAACCCAGUAGUUCGCUCACUGGUAAUUUAGCCUUCUGGCUAGCAGGUUUCAUUUUUGCUAGCUAGCGUGUUGGGCUAGCUAGCAGGCGAACCCGAAUAUCGGCACCAGCAAGGAGGCUACAGCGGGUUAGCUCCACGACGCGUGGAUUUGGCUUGUGAUUAGUUAAUCACGCCGUGCCCGCUCUGGAUUUAGAGCUAAAGCGUUCAAGGUGUUUAUCCGCGUCUUUUCCUACGGCGUGAUUGCUGCGCCCCGCACGGAGCACUUCGGUUGCAACAGGAAGGAAGCCGAGCGAAAAAGGACGGAGCAGAAAAGAAAAAAACAAAUAACCACACAGACAGCGGAGAGUGGGAUUGAACGGAGAUCAUUAUUAUGAAUGCUGCUUGUUUUUCAUCUUCUGAUCGCACGGACUUAUCGGUGCCAAAGCUCGCUUAAAGGAUUCUAAUAUUUGGAGACGAGGACAACGGAUCGCCACAUUUAACCUGCCCUGGAGGGUCUUUUUCAGGUCUUUUCAGUAAAUCCAUCCCCCCCCUCCCCUUCCCCUCCCUAAAUGUGAUGGUGCGAGCAAAACGAGCCACACGUGUUCCUGUUUGUUUGCUGUAACGCAGACCCUCUGCUGCUAUCGAGGCCACAAAAACAAUCGGGAGUUGCAUCUCACGUUCUGACUGCAGACUCCGCCUGCCAUUUCUCUAAAAUUGGACCCCCCUGACCUCCCAUCCCCUCCUUACUGCACAUUUGUUUACAUUUGAAGGGAAAAUCCCGAAUCGAAACCCCAUGUGGAACUGGAGACAAACCGGUCGUUUGGGCACAUUUUUUCAGCAAGGAAGUCCCGAGAGACGUGCAGAAUUUGACAGCUGUCCACUAAGGCUGCAUAUCACAGCAGCCCUGUGAAGCGAGGAAGCGCUGACACCAAAACGAGCCCGUUCCUGCUUAUUUUAGCACCUUUCCUCCCGGCGCGUAUACGGCGCAAUCCGGCUGCAGUUUUGCGCCAAAUGGGAUUGCAAGGACAGCGAUAGAGCUGAUCCACGGACUACUUAUUUAAUUUUUUUAUCCGAUCAGCCCACCUUAAUAUCUCCCCGCCCCCAUAAACAUAAAAUUUCCUUUUUAUGUCUUAAUGAUGAUGGCGGCUUGAGGUUAGCAGCCGCAGACAUCUACACGAUUCCGCUUCCUCCGGACCCCCUCCCCUUUACCGCCCCCCCUGUCAUCGCACCUUAGCCCUUGAUGGUGGUCCUCUCCACUGGAGGAAACGGCUCUUUUAAUUCCCUGAAUAGUUAAAAAAAAAAAAAAAAAAAGCACCACAGGAAACCUGCUGUUUUUAUUAAUUUGCUCCUCCAAAGGGUCGAAAAAUGGCGGACCUCGAAGCGGUACUCGCCGAUGUCAGCUAUUUGAUGGCGAUGGAGAAGAGCAAGUCUACUCCUGCCGCCCGUGCCAGUAAGAAAAUCAUCCUCCCUGAGCCCAGUAUUCGCAGUGUAAUGCAGAAGUACCUGGAGGAAAGGGACGAACUCACUUUUGACAAAAUUUUCUACCAGAAAAUUGGCUUUCUGCUGUUUAAAGAUUUCUGUAUGAACGAGAUCGAUGAGGCUGUGCCUCAGCUCAAGUUCUACGAAGAAAUCAAGGAGUAUGAGAAGAUGGACUCUGAGGACGAGCGUCUGAGCCGCAGCCGGCAGAUUUAUGACGUCUACAUCAUGAAGGAGCUGCUGUCCUGUUCACAUCCAUUUUCCAAGAAAGCAGUGGAACAUGUGCAGAGUCAUCUGGUAAAGAAAAUUAUCCCCCCAACUCUCUUCCAGCCAUACAUGGUGGAGAUCUGUGACAGCUUGAGAGGGAACAUCUUCCAGAAGUUCAUUGAAAGUGACAAGUUCACUCGGUUUUGCCAGUGGAAGAACGUGGAACUCAACAUCCAUCUGACCAUGAACGACUUCAGCGUGCAUCGGAUCAUCGGCAGAGGCGGCUUUGGGGAGGUGUAUGGCUGCAGAAAGGCCGACACGGGGAAGAUGUACGCCAUGAAGUGCUUGGACAAGAAGAGAAUCAAAAUGAAGCAGGGCGAGACUCUGGCGCUCAACGAGAGAAUCAUGCUGUCGCUAGUCAGCACAGGGGACUGCCCGUUCAUCGUGUGUAUGACAUACGCCUUCCACACCCCUGACAAGCUCUGCUUCAUCCUGGACCUCAUGAACGGGGGCGACCUGCACUACCACCUCUCCCAGCACGGUGUGUUUAGUGAGAAAGAGAUGCGGUUCUACGCUGCUGAAAUCAUCCUGGGCCUGGAGCACAUGCACAACCGCUUCGUCGUCUACAGAGACCUCAAGCCGGCCAACAUCCUUUUGGACGAACACGGCCACGUUCGGAUCUCAGACCUCGGCCUGGCCUGCGACUUCUCCAAGAAGAAGCCCCAUGCUAGCGUUGGGACUCAUGGCUACAUGGCUCCAGAGGUCCUUCAGAAGGGAACGGCGUACGACAGCAGCGCAGACUGGUUCUCUUUAGGCUGCAUGCUCUUCAAACUCCUCAGAGGGCACAGCCCCUUCAGACAGCACAAGACCAAAGACAAACAUGAGAUAGACCGCAUGACGCUGACCAUGAAUGUGGAGCUUCCAGACUCGUUCACCCCGGAGCUCAAGGAUCUGCUGGAGGGGUUGCUGCAAAGAGACGUGUCCAAGCGGCUUGGUUGCCAGGGCCGGGGAGCGCUAGAGGUGAAGGAGCAUCAGUUUUUCAAAGGUAUCGACUGGCAGCAGGUGUACCUGCAGAAGUACCCCCCUCCUUUAAUCCCGCCCAGGGGAGAGGUGAAUGCUGCGGACGCUUUUGACAUCGGCUCGUUUGAUGAGGAGGACACCAAGGGCAUCAAGCUACUGGACAGCGACCAGGAGCUGUACAAAAACUUCCCUCUGGUCAUAUCGGAGCGUUGGCAGCAGGAGGUGGCUGAGACGGUGUACGAGGCCGUCAACCUGGACACAGACAAGAUAGAGGCUCGCAAGAGGGCCAAGAACAAGCAGCUGGGCCACGAGGAGGACUAUGCUUUUGGGAAGGACUGCAUAAUGCACGGCUACAUGCUGAAGCUGGGCAACCCGUUCCUCACCCAGUGGCAGCGCCGCUACUUCUACCUGUUCCCCAACCGAGUGGAGUGGAGGGGAGAGGGCGAGUCGCGGGAAAAGUGGCUAAAGACUUUAAAAAUGGUAAAAGACAGGCAAAACCUGCUGACCAUGGAGCACAUUGCAUCGGUGGAAGAGACGCAGGUUAAAGACAAGAAGUGCAUCUUGCUGCGCGUCAAGGGAGGGAAGCAGUUCGUCCUGCAGUGUGAGAGCGACCCAGAGUUUGUGCAGUGGAAGAAGGAGCUGAACGAGGCGUUCACAGAGGCCCAGAAGCUGCUGCGCCGCGCGCCCAAGGUGAUCGGGAAAGGCCGAGCCGGUGUGGUGGAGCUCUCCAAACCGCCGCUCACACACCGCAACAGCAACGGCCUGUGAAUAAAAGGAGCACAUACCUUUCUAUAUCUAUACCCACACACACUCGCACACACUCACGCAAACAUGUAGACACAUACACUCUGCACACCACGUCAUUUCUGCAAGACAUCGACCCCAACUUCAUGGCCACGCCUCGCAGUGUGUGCGGACCUGCCGGCCCCUUACCCACACACUCACACCCACAUACACACACACACACACACACACACCAUCAGAGGAGGUUCACCGGUUUCUUUUCCGUUUCAUCCACGGGACACUGCCAGUCACGGAGAGGAGAGGAGAGGCGGGGCGGACUGGAGGAGAGCAGAACCCUCUGCAUGGAUGUGACGAGAAUUUGUUGAACUGGUCCUCCACCUUUCCCGGCUCUCCUUCAUCCCCCCGCACCCUCAAGGUCGCCCCUCCUCACUUGAACCGGAUCUCUUGGAAGAAUCUGAAAAAUGACUGCGAAACGAAAUGGAGUUUUAAGCGUCAGAUACAGCAGGAGGUCCAAUCAGAGAGAAUUCCUCUUUACGAGGCGAUGCAGAAGGGGCGGGGCUACUGCGGGGAAUGUAAAAACAAAUCUGCUGCUUGACUGUAUCCUGUUCCCCCCGUCCCUCUUACCACCAACCCCUCCUCUCAGUUGCUGAAGUGUGCAAAGUGCCAACAUGGAUAUUUUACUUGAGUCACCUGAGCGGCCGGUGGGAGCCCCCCGUACCUCCGGACCCUCUCAGGGUGUUUGUUGGCGGCCGAUUUAUCAUUCCAGUCCUGAAAAACAAGAGGACCAACAGACUCUUUUCAGAUUGGCUCCUGUUUCCAGCCAGUUUCCAUGGUGACCAAGAUUCCAUUGGCUGUCAAACAGCAACGUGUUGCCAUGGGAUCUGUGAAGACCAAUGUACCUGAGGAUGGGUAGCCGUGGACGAUGACGCGUGUUAGGCUUGCAGGGGGGGCGGGGCAUGUUCAGUGUAUAUAAACAACCCUUUCUCUGUGCAUCCCAUGUUUUGGUCCAGCGUUUUUGCAUUGUCGGAGGACCUCUCUGUCUGCCUGUCCAAAAACCUCGCAAGGCUUUACCCCAACACAGGAGGACGGGGAUGUUCUCUCUCUUUCUGCAGAGUGUGUGAGGGCGUAAGGUGUGCGGAAGAGCAGGUGUCGGUGCUGCGUUACCUCUGCUGGGCUGUUUCCAGAUGAAGCCACACACAUUCUUGUGGCUUUGCAGGUUCAGCGUGUGACCGUCGUCAGAGUGAGCACAAGUUAGACGAGGACGAGCUGAAGCUGAGAGAAAGUUUUACAAACAACCUUUGGUUUUCUUUUAUUUUUCUGGCUUUUGCUCUUUGACCGUCAAAGGCGCCUGGAGGACCAAUCCCAACCAGCCAAUAACAACAUAUCCAGCUCUCAAAUAUAGUCAUAAUAUUGGGUUCAAGAUUUUUAGCAAUAUUUUUGGUAAAGCUGCAAAUUCCCUUUUUUGUUUUGUUUUCCACAGUGGUAUAAAAGUUUCGGUUUUAAGGAAUUUGCAAUUGGUUUAGAAAAUAUCAGUUCAGGUUUGACAAAACCGCUAUGGUUUAAUAAGAACUGCUAUAGAAAUGAAAAUGCUCCCUUUCUGGGUUUUCACAAACAAAAUAAAGGUUUCAGAAAUCACAUUGUGUAGAAUUAUGUUUAGGUUCAGCCCAAGUAUUGGACACAGAAAAAGAAAUCCCACGUAGUGCAGGCUACCUUAAAAAACUGAAAUAGCCAUCUGUAAGAAGUACUAACAUCUAAUGGUGCUAGUAAUGCUAAAUUUACCAACAUUAGCCACUAAUGAUCCUUGCAACUGAUUAUCCUAACUUUAACAACAUUAGCCAUUAAUAUUUCUUGAGGUGUCUGAUGCUAUCUCGAGCAAUGUUGGGAGCUAAUGAUGCUCACCAACAGUAAUGCUAACUUUAACAUUAGCCACUAAUGCUAAUUAAUUAUUAGCUGCUUGUGGCUAAUAAUUUUAAUUUUACCAAUGUUAGCCUCCAAUGUUGCUUACGGUUAAUGAUGCUAACUUUUCCAACUUUAGCAGUUAAUGAUGCUUGUGGCUAAUAAUGCUAACUUUAGCAUCUUCAGCUCCUAACUUUACUCCCUUUAGCAUCAUUAGCAACUAGCGGUUUUGCAAUAGCAGUUUUCUAUAGAGUUUCCAAAAGGCUUCCACAUAAGCUAUUUAAAAGUGCCGCCAGCCUCUAUAGUUCUGACAGCGAGCCAAAAAGAAGUCUUUCUUAGCCAACUCUAUAUCAACACACGGCCACUCAAGUACUACUUCCUUUCUCACUACAAAAUAAGAGUCUCCGACACAGCAGGGACUCAUGUUUUGCUUAAAUGAGGAAUAUUCUGUUUUGACCAAAUCUCUUUGCCAAAUGUCUGAUUUUUUUUUUUUUUCCAGUAAUUGAAAGCACCACAUUCAUUCUGCUAAUCCACUUGAGAGAUAACACUCUUUGGUGUAGAAGUUGUUAUACACCUGGUCAGUAACAUAAAUGUCAUGCUGCUUUGGUGACUUGUUCAGUUUGUUUGUGCAAACCAACUGACUGAAGUAGAGCCUUUUCUCAGGUCCAACAGGGACGAAGUCAAAGUUAGACUUUUCACAUUUCUGUCUGUAAUUUUCAUCCUCUGUAUUCCACUUAAAAACAUUCAAUGUUUAAAAAUGUUCACCUAAUUUCAUUCCAUUUUAAUAUGCAUCAGCUGCAUGUCCUAAUUAUAUAUAAAUCACAGGGAAUCUUUUCUUUCUGAAAUGCUGCACGCCGUUUUUAAAAGCUCCUUCAGUUUGACUUUAUUGUUGCCAUAUCUGGAGCAAAGGUGAGAGACGAAGCUAACUCAGCUCAUCCAGUCAGCUUUAAAUCAUGUCACGUUUAAAACAGAAAGCCGGACUCAUCAGCUGUAUGUUUUGUGUUUUUCAUGACCCGGUUCGGUCGGGGCUGAAACAUGUCGAGCACCAGGGCGUUUACGGGACGGGUUGUUGCACAGUCGCAGUGUUGCAGAAUGUGCAGUGGAAGGAGAAAUCUAUUGUAAUUUCAGGGUUUUUAUUUUUUUAUGCAGUAAAUGUCCUUGUUGCAGAACUGUAAUGCAAAAAGCUUCAGUAGAAAAAAUGGUUGAUUUGGGUAAAUUGCUUUUUUUCCCUCUUUUCUUUUGAUAACCUUUUAAUUCUCGUCAGGGGGAAAUCUUAUCAUGUUGUAGAGAUUUUUGCCACCUCUUAAGGUGUCUUUUAUUUUUAUAAACCAAAAUGGUUUUUAUUGUUUUCAUUGAAAGUUAUGUUAUUGCACCUUUUUAGCCCAAUGUGUUACUUACCGGUUGUUAAAUGUGCCAAAUAACUCUCUAUGUUUAAAUUUUUGUUGUUGUUGAAAUGAACGAGUGGAACUAACCAGAAGUUGGACGUUUGCUUCUCGUCUCGGACGCGUCAGCAGCCAAAACGAUUGAAAAUCCACUCUCAGACUUUUUAAGGAGGUGGUUUUGUUGGAAGGGUACAAAACUGUGACCAAACGUUUCUCCACUGGUGUUUGUGUGUCUGUGUGUGUGUGCGUGUGUGUGUUUGGGUUGCCACGGGGGAUUCUGAAAACACACACCACCCGGUUCCGUGUACUUGUUCCUGAAAGUUUUUCUCUCUCUCUCUCUCUCUCUCUCUCUCUCUCUCUCUCUCUCUCUCUCUCUCUCUCCUCCACUCUGUGUAAGUCGUGAGUAUUGGGAGAUACGUGAGCCUCCUUAACGCCUCGUAUCGCCAUCCGGUGGAUGUCUUGCUUUCUUUCUACGUCACUCACAGAUUUCUCUCCCUCGGACACACGCUCAACACGAUUUUAAAAAAGGACAGCAUAUAGGAAAAAAAAUCUAUAUAGUAUAUAUAAAUAUAUGUGUAUAUGAAAUGACAAAACGCUCUAGGUUUAUUUAAAAGAUUUAAUGUAGAAAACAAAAUGAACUUGUCGAGGGGAGGUUGGGGAUGUUGAUGUGAGUAUAAUUGUUUGUGGUGAUGACUUCAGCUUGAAUCUUGCACAUAAAAAGACUUAUUAGAGAUAUUGUACCUGCGAGUUCCAGAUGAUUAUUUUUGUUCAGACACCAGACUCUGUGCUUUUUUUCAUAUUUAUUGUGUGCAUGGGGAGCCGGGAGCCGGGAGCCGGGAGCCGGCGUCUCUCCUCCACAUGUCGGAGCUUUUCGGCCGAGGCUUACUGUAGAAAACCCCUCCAGUUUACACCCGUCUGAAACUCUUCUCGUUUUCACACGCCACAAACACAAAUACUACUGCUUUUGGGUUAUUCAAAUCAAGGUAAAAGAAGAAAAAAAAAAAGCUAUCUGACUGAUGAUAUUAUUCAGUGAAUAUUCUAAAGUUUAUUUUAUUUCAACGAUUCUUUUGUUUUUGAGAUAGAAAGUUGCGUGUUGGACUGCUUGUAAGAACAGUUCAAGAAUAAAAACGACUUUUUCUGUGUU